GGUCAUUUCAGUAGCCCACUGUCGAAUACGUCGCUUGUUUUAGCGUGGCUGCCGAAAGAGCGUUUUAUCAAGGUUGCAUAUAUAUACAUUGCGUAACAAGUUAAGUGCAUGGGAGUGUAGAAAGAAAAACACCCAAAGGUAACCAUGGCAUGGGCAGUGGGACGUGGGUUUAUUGCAAAAGUACCCGGACUUGUUGGAAUAGGAACUACAGGAAAGCUACCAUGUUUCCAGGCAGUGACACAGAUAGCUCCUAUCACGGGAAAGCACAUACGAAUACCGAAUCCAGACAAGCCGGCACCCUACCCGUACGAGGACGUCAAGUACAACUUUAUGCGGUCAAUUUUCGACAAGACGACGAGCCGCUUUGACGAGAACACCAAGGUCAUCGUCGUCGACGGCAACAUCUGCGCGGGCAAGUCGACGCUCGCGAAAAACCUCGCGAAGGAGCUCGACUUUCACUUCGUACCCGAGGCGACGAUCGACGACUUCUACAUCAACUCGUACGGCAAGGACUUCCGCGACGCCGACCCGGACCUGCCGCCGAGCGUCCGCAGCUUUGAGCUGAAGGACUUCUACGUGAACCCGAAUGACCCGCGUGCGUCCAACUUCCAGAUCAUGAUGUACUGGCUGCGCGUGAACCAGGCGUGCGACGCGCUGCUGCAUCUGCUCAGCACCGGCCAGGGCGUCGUCAUGGACCGAUCGGCGUGGAGUGACUUUGUCUUUGUUGACACAAUGACGCAGCUCGGCUACAUGACGCGCGAGUGCCGCCGCUGCUACAACGAGAUCAAGGAUGUGACGAUCUGCGAGCUGCUGAAGCCUCACCUCGUCGUCUACCUCGACGUGCCGACGAACUUGCUCGUCGACCGCAUCAAGAAGCGCAACGUCGCCUACGAGGUGCAGAGCGACAAGGUGCUCAACGCCACCUACCUGCAGACGCUCGAGAACGUAUACAAGCAGCAGUUUCUGCCACUGAUGAACAAGAGCAGCGACCUUCUCAUCUACGACUGGGCGGAGUUCGGCGACGCGGAGAUGGUGGUUGAGGACAUAGAGCGUGUGGACUUGGACAGCCGCCAAAAACUGAAAGAGAAGUUCACCGACUGGGACGUCAAAAACGACUGGGAGUGGGCGAACAUACGCAAGAAGUACGCGCACAAGGAAGUGAUCUUGAAGCUGUUCAAGCUACCACUGCUGCAUGCUCCCGAAAUGAUGCUGGAUGCAGAGGAUGCGAAAGCCUUAGUUACAGCUUAUUCCAGGUUCCCCGGAAACAGGUUUCAGAAAGGUUACAAUCCCGAUAUGGGUGAUAAAGGCCUACUCUUUAAAUCUUAAAGUGAACUGUUAUAGAUGUUAUUGCUAGUUAGUUUAAGCUUCUAGAAAAUCACUUGCUGGUGGCUGUUGAAUUAAUCGUUGUUGCUGAUCAAACUAUUGUUUUAGUUGUGACCUACUUACCAGACUGUUAAGAUGACGUGCAUUUGUUAGUACCACAUUGCAUUGUUGAUAGAUCGCUUAAUUUAUUGUGCCAGUUCUUACAUUUUAGAAGUGAUGUUUGCUGCAGAUUACUGACCUAGUAAAUGUACAGUCAUAAGAUUUAAAAUCUUAUGUUUAACAUCGAGGAUAUGUUCAGUUUGGAUGCGGAAUCAUAUUCAACGAAUUUUGGAUGCAGGAUCUUGGUGAAGCCUUUAUGAUUAGGAGUUUCCUAGAACCUAUAUUCUUUUCAAAUUAGCACAGUUUCCAUGUAACUGUUUGUAAUUAGUCACCAGCAGUAUUUCUAGUGCUUGAGAAAAUGAAAAAUGCAGUUUUCAGAUCUUCACAGUUCUUCUGUGGAAUUACUUCUGCACUGCGCUAAAAAAUGCUGACAGUA